AUGUUAGUUUCCAUAUUAAUAAUAUUGUAUUUUAAAAAGUCCCUUUCUUUCAAGGUUCCUCAAAAUUUUAAUAUUAAUCCUUUUGGUCUUUUCCCAACCCCAACUCAUUCAUUCCAUAAAAUGUCAGUUUUAAAUGCUAAAUCUAAGAAUACUUACACGGGUAUUGGGGCUAGGGUCGCAAAGAGGUUCAAGCAACAGUUUGGCCUUGAAACUUACACUGAGGUCAGAGAAAUUCGAAAGGCUCUAAAGAAAUACAAGAGAAUGGAGGAGAGGAGAAUAAUUAAGGGUCGAAAAAACACUCUAAAGUCUCAACAAAGAUUAACCACCGAGAUUAAAUCAGACACUAAAAAAAAAUUGGAUAAAAAAGGUUCUAAUCCAUUUUUGAUUCAAGCGAGUAAAUCGAAGGAUAAAAACUCUAAAUCUGCAAAAUUGGGGCCAAAACCUGUUAGACUGGGUUUAAGUCUUGAUUUGGCUUCUGAGGCCUUUGGAGGGGCUUCUUUAAUGAAGGACUUUGACCCUCAUCACAGGAAAAUAUCAACUUUAAACUUCAUUGGAAGUUACCUCCACACGACUAUGCUUCCCUCGCUGGGAUUACCUGAGAUUUGUCUGGUAGGUAGAAGUAAUGUGGGAAAGUCAUCCUUCAUUAACUCCCUGAUGUCAUAUAUAAAGAACAAGUCUAGGAAAUGUGACAUGGCCUUUGUGUCUAAAACCCCUGGGUACACAAAAUCCAUUAACAUCUUUGAGGCUGUUGACUCCAGGGAUCGUGGUGUUUUAUCCUUGGUGGACCUCCCAGGUUACGGCCACACUGAAGUAAAAAACGCUGAGACCAGGAAGAAUAUGCAGAGCAUUAUGAAAGCUUACUUAAAGCGGAGACAUGAACUUAAGCUCGUUUUAUUCCUUGUGGAUGGUAGUUGGGAGCCCCAAGAUGACGAUUAUGAAGUCCUAAAGUACUUCAGGGAAGUUGGAAUGCCUCACCUCUUCAUACUCACUAAAAUGGACAAGGUUAAUGUACCUGAAACUCCUGCCCAGAUCCUGAACUUCAGACAGUUUUUCGACCUUAAAAGCCCUUUACCUAUCCCGUUUUCAAAGCUUGGAGGCGGAGACCUCGGCAGUAUUUGGAAAGCCAUUUUAGAUGCUUGCACUGAUUCCUUUGAUAUCUCAAAACUUAACAUUACAGAUAAAUUUGAGAAUAUUGAGCCAGACUACUCACGUUUCGUGGAGUCUCAGGCCAAGAUUUCACUCAAAGACCUUAGAAAACUCGUUUACAAGAACUACGACAUGCUCCCUGAAAGUGCCAAGACUCUCGAUAUUGAUUCUAUGGACCGAGACGGGCUUCUUGACAUUUUAAAACUUCAAGCUGAUAGGACCUUUGAGCUUCAGAAAAAGCCCAUAGACCUUGUGCAACUGAAGCACAAUCUAACUAAAUCUAAAUAACUUAAUAUAUUGCGAAAAAUU